AUGCUGCUUGCGUUUGUUUUGCUCAAUUUGCUCUCGGCCUUCGCCGUUACGGCGAAUGUGCGACAAAGGAGGUACCUCGUUUAUCCGGACGGUGGGCCGGCCCGCGCUCAGUUCAUUAUAGGUCUGGGUGUGCCUGUAGAUUUAAAGGAAGCAUCUGUUACUGUUGGUACUGUCAUCAAAUUCCAAUACGAUUUACCAACAAACAGCAGUGAAUAUACGAGCAGGAUUUAUGGAUUCGCUGAUACUGUCUCUAGGGAUAUGAAUGACAACCCUGAAGAGGGGGAAGACAAAGAUAUCGAGCCUGCGAACGGCUAUUCCAAGGGUAAUACAGGAAAUGAUUUAUUAGAUAAUGACAAUGACACCCUAGUGGACAUAACUUUCGACGAUAGAAGAAAACGGUCAAUUAUGUUUUCCGAAGGAGGUAUGAUGAACAGCAUUGAUACGACAAAAUCAAGCUCCCAGUUAUCGCUUGAAGAAGCUAUUAAAAGACAAGAAUUAAUUGAUCAAAAGCAUGUGGAAGAGGAGCAAGAACCACAGAGAAUGAAUAGAUGGGACUUUUAUAAGAUUUUAGAGCACAUGGCUGAAAGGUACGGAUAUACGGGUAGACCAUGCCUGCUCCGUACGAUCUGCGAGGCGGCCGAGGUUCCUUUCACACACGAAAACGGUUUGCUCGGAGAAAUUGGCCAUAUAUUAUUCACGCCAUCAACAACCAAUGAUCCGCUGUCACAUCACACGGAUAAUGAAUACCAUGCGGCUGAGAGAUUGGGACGAGAGGCAGAGGGGUAUUGCGAAAGACACUUCCCUGAAUGCGAGGGCUCAGUUCUAGAUACGUUCUCUGAAAUUGGUGUGGAGACUUUGGAAAAAUUUGGUUUGCUC